AUGGGACUGUAUGGUCAUUCUUUGGUUGACUUCUAUAGCUAUUCUAUUGAAAUUGCAAUAAAAGGAGUAGAGAUUGAAUUGGAGAAAAUAUUCAUCGGGUUGACGAGCAUUGACCUCUCAAGUAAUGAGUUUCAAGGUGAGAUUCCAAAGGUUAUUGGAGAGCUUAACUCACUCAAAGAGCUAAACCUUUCUCAUAAUAACCUUAGUGGUUGUAUCCCAACAUCAAUGGGGAAUUUGGCAGCAAUUGAGUCGCUGGAUCUCUCUUCAAACAAGCUAGUUGGGAAGAUUCCUUCAGAGUUGAUUAGUUUGAAUUUUCUUGAAGUGUUAAAUCUUUCACAAAAUCAACUCGUUGGACUUAUACCUCAGGGAAACCAAUUCAAUACCUUCGGCAAUGAUUCCUAUGCUGGUAACUCGGGAUUGUGUGGGUUUCCAUUGCCAAAGAGCUGUGACAACACUGAGGCAUCCGUUUUCCAUGAGGAAGUAGAUCCUGAAUCUGGAUUUGAGUGGAAAGCAACAUUGAUGGGUUAUGGAAGUGGACUAGUGUUGGGAAUAUCUGCAGCAUAUAUCAUGUUCACACUUGGAAGACCCAAAUGGCUUGUGAGGAUGGUUGAAGAAGCAGGCUACAAAUUGAAGAGAUAUCUCAGAGGACAAAGGAAUUUGUAA